AUGACAGGUUCUGGGUCUUCUUCCUGUGGAGCUUGCAAGUUCUUGAGGAGAAAGUGUGCGAAUGAUUGCGUGUUUGCUCCUUGCUUCUCUUAUGAACAAGCUUCCAGCCAUUUUGCAGCAGUGCACAAGGUGUUUGGCGCCAGCAAUGUGUCAAAACUACUGUUGCGCCUUCCGGUGCAAAGCAGACGCGAAGCUGCAGUUACCAUUUCCUAUGAAGCACUGGCACGGAUCCGGGAUCCUAUCCGUGGUUGUGUAGCGCAUAUCUUUGCCCUCCAACAGCAGGUGGCCAAUCUGCAAGAAGAGAUAGGAAUUCUUGGGAACCACAUGGCAAAUCCUGCACUCAAUGUCAUCGCAAAUGACGUGCCAAACAAUGAGUUUCAACAAUUUCAUAUGCAAGAUGACUGUAUGCACCAACAUGACAUAAUGCAUAGCAAUAAUAAUAAUAAUUUUCGAACAGGAAAUAAUGCGAGCGUCGACCUGGUUUUCAAUAGCCAAACAAAUCCACAGCUUCAGUUAGUACCUGGACACUGGGAGAACCUAACCUCUGUUUGGGAUUCUGACGCAAACCCAUUGGGGGGAGUCCCAGGAGGAAUUGGAAAUUUGGACCAAGCAGCAGAGAUCUUUGCACAAUAUUAA